AUUUCCGUGGAACGCUCUGAAUCAUGAGAAUGAUAUUUCUGCACACGGCCGCCAUCUUGUGGAUCCUCUGCGGUGUCUCUGCUCAGUAUGUGAAUGUCGCCCUCCAGGGUCGGGCGACCCAGUCCUCAGUUUACCAGGAUUAUACGCAGGGCUUUCUGACCGCAGCCAUAAAUGCCAUAGAUGGGAACCCAGACUCCAACUUUUUCCACGGCUCCUGCUCACAUACACACAAUGACCCGUCCCCCUGGUGGAGGGUGGACCUGCUGAAACCCUACAAAAUCACCUACAUCACCAUCACCAACAGGGGAGACUGCUGCGGUGAGAGACUGAACGGAGCCGAAAUUCUCGUAGGAAACUCUCUGACCAACAACGGAAACAAUAAUGCCAGGUGUGGGGUGGUCACCUCGAUCCCUAACGGAGGAACACAGCACUUCCCAUGCCAUGGCCUGGUUGGCCAAUACGUCAAUGUAGUUUUACCUGGAAAGUCACAAUUCCUUCAUUUAUGUGAAGUUCAAUGGUGUCCGGCCAAGAGCAACUCCUUCACUUCCUGCCUGGCCAAGAUCGGAACACAUAGAAUGCUUCUCCACCAUUUGGACUGGGAUGAAAAUCGGAAUGUUGCCCUCCAAGGUCGAGCGACUCAGUCUGCAAUUUAUAGAAGUGAACACUAUGGCUACCAGUCAGCAGCCAUAAAUGCCAUAGAUGGGAACCGUGACCCGAUCUUCGCCCACGGCUCCUGCUCACAUACACACAAUGACCCGUCCCCAUGGUGGAGGGUGGACCUGCUGAGACCUUAUAAGAUCGAAUACAUCACCAUCACCAACAGAGGAGGCUGCUGUGCUGAGAGACUGAACGGAGCUGAAAUUCUCGUAGGAGACUCUCUGGCUGACAACGGAAACAAUAAUCAGAGGUGCGGGGUGGUCACUUCGAUCCCUCUUGGAGGAUCAAUGCGCUUCUCAUGUCGUGGCCUGGUUGGCCGAUACGUCAAUAUCAUUUUACGUGGAAAAACACAAUAUCUUCAUGUGUGUGAAGUUGAAGUCUGGACUAAACAAAGCUGUGCAAGUGAAAUCUAA